AUGAGUGCUCUAAAGAGAAAAUGUUUUUCUAUUGAAGAAAAAGCUGCAAUUAUACAUCGCUUAGAAGCUGGCGAAUCAAAUGCACUUCUUGCAAAAGAGUUCGGUGUUAGUCAUUCCACAAUAUCUACAAUCAAGAAAAAUAAAAGCAAAAUUGAAUCUCUAUUCAAUGAAAAUGUUCUUAAAAUUAAACGUGUGAGAGUUUCGAGUCAAGAUGAUGUAGAUAAAGCAUUAUUGCAGUGGUUUAAAGUGCAGCGUAAUAAGGGUAUACCUAUAAAUGGGCCUAUACUACAAGAAAAAGCAAAUGAUUUUGCUAAGAAGCUUAACAUUUCUGGAUUCGAAUGCUCAACAAGUUGGAUCAGCCGAUUCAAAGUAAGACACAAUAUUGUUGCAGGCAAAGUUGCUGGUGAAUCUCUGUCAGUCCAAAAGAGUGAUGUGAGCGACUGGUUAGCAAAAGUUUGGCCAAAUUUGAAAGCCCAAUUUAGCGAUGAUGAGAUUUUUAACGCUGAUGAAGCGGGAUUAUUUUAUAAGUUGACACCAAAUCAAACUUUAAAAUUUAGAGGAGAAAAAUGUUUAGGCGGAAAGCUGUCGAAAGAAAGACUAACUGUGCUAAUUGCAGCAAACAUGAGUGGUACAAUAAAAAGAAAAUUGCUUGUAAUUGGAAAGCCAAAGCGUCCAAGAUGUUUCAAAAACGUACGGUCGUUACCUGUCGAUUAUGUUAGUAAUAGCAGAGCCUGGAUGACAUCUGAUAUUUUUACGAAAUGGGUGCGUGAUUGGGAUCCACACCAUAAAAUCGAUGACUUGAGAAGCAUUACUCUAGUUUUUCUACCACCGAAUACUACAUCCAUAUUGCAACCUAUGGAUCAAGGAGUAAUUCGUGCGUUUAAAUCAUAUUUUCGAAAAUUCCUUGUUCUAAAACUAAUCAACGACCACGAUAACAAUAAAAAUAACAAGGUUGGGCAAGUGAAGAUUACAAUACUUGAUGCCAUUCUUAUGAUGUAUGAUGCUUGGAACAAGGUUUCUGAAAUAACGAUUUCCAACUGUUUCAAGCAUGCUGGAUUUUCUAUCGCGAAUAUAGGCGUUACCAGCACCUCAAUAUCAUCUGAUUUUGAUGAUGAAGAUGAUGUUCCGCUCUCAGUUUGGGCAAGUGCUUUUGAAAGUAGCCUACCCAUAUCAACAGAACAAAUCGAGGAAUUUUCUAGUAUUGACAAUAAUCUUGCAAUAUGUGGAGAACUAACCGAUGAAGCAAUUGUGCAAAAUGUAAUUGUCGACCAGAGUGAUAGUGAUGACAGCGCUGAUGAAAAUGACCAGAUUUCUUCAUCUCCAAGCGUAUCUGAAGCUCUAAAAUCUGCAGAAAUUUUAAAUCAAUUUGUACAUGCUAAUUUCGUUGAUGAAUCUGCAAAAAAUAUGAUGUCUAUUCUUCAUAAUGCUGUACGCGAUUCUUAUUUUCACCAUAACAAGAAAAAACAAAGUAAAAUUACAGACUUUUUGAAGUAA